UUACAAUCUUCAGAUAUUCCUGCAAACAAACAUGCAGAUCCAGCUCUUGUGGACUUGCUCAAAGGUUCUUUCACAGGAUCCAAUUUCUCAAUGGCCUUCCCAUAUGUUGCUGUACCAGAGGAGGAUGCCAUGGAAAAUUCUUUGGUGUCAGGGAUUUCGGAGACUUGUGGGCAGGAUUUUGGAUUCAGUAACGUUGCUUUCUUGGAGUCGUGCUCUAUUGAGGGUGAAAAUUUUCAAAAGCUUGCAAACCUGCAAUCGUUCCAUGAUUAUCUUGGUUCAAGGACGGAGAAGAGAUCCAAUGGAGAAGUAGAUUUGGUUGUGUUCUGCCAUAAAGGAUCUGGUUCUUCCAAAGAACUUGACCAAACACUUUCGGAGGGUAAAAUUUUUUCCGAGCUUAUUAGUUCCAUGGAUCAGUCUGGGGCAAAAUAUGGAGUUCUAUAUGUUUCAGAUCCCAGUAAGUCAAUCCAAUAUCCUUCUUAUCGAGAAUUGCAAAGGUUUCUUGCUGAAAGUGCUUCAGGAAAUGCAUCAGCCAAUUCAACAGCCUGUGAUGAAGUUUGUCAGAUCAAAUCAUCUCUUCUAGAGGGACUUCUAGUUGUAAGUAUCCUUCUUCCACAUUUUUCAUGUUUUCUAUUCUGUGGUUAAGUGUUUGUAGCUUCUACAAUUUUUUAGAGUUUGUAGCUUAUACAAUUUUUUAGAGUUUGUAGCUUCUGCAUUUUACAUACAUUCUAGUUUCUUUAUUUCGUCAACAUUUCUUUUGAACAUUUGCUUUAGUACAAUGUUGUAACAACUUUACUUAGUUAUACACAGAGGAUGACUUAUUCAGAUCUUUUUUUGUUAAUUACUUCUCGAACAUAUGUUAUUGCACCUUUUUUCUUCUCUUGCACAAAUUUUUACUUUGCUC